CCCAAACAAGCUUAAUUGCUAUGUGGACCAUCCUAAUCACAUAAUCAAUGCCUCAGCUGCAUUGAAGUUCACUCAUCAAGCCCUGCAAACAAAGCAAAAGUAAAUUAUUUAAAAAACAAGGGAAACAUUUUAGUGCUUCUGUUUUAAGAUAUACAGUAUUUGACCUAAGUUUUUGAGUUAUCUUGGGGAUAGAGAUAUUAUGAAUAUUUCUUACAUCGUUAAUAUGCUCUUAUCUCGACCACAAAAAGUUGGUUUGAAUGGCUGCACAUCUUCAACGUCCUCAUAAUCAUCUUAAUUUGGGAUGAAGACUGAUUGACUACAGCAUACAUUUAGAUGAAUGAAAAUACUCCAGUGGUUCCUGUAAGUGAGUGCAGGAACAGGGAGCUACACAUUCCUACACUCAUCAAAGUAAUUACCAGAAUACUGUCUGGAGAGCAUACGCUUGGCUGCCAAUAUUGUAUUAAACUACACAUCUCUACUUCAAAGUGAAACUUUCAUUUUUUUUCUUUAAACAUCCUUGACGUGUUAGAGAGGGGCAUUUCCAGAGACUAGAAUUCCAUUGGAUCCGGGAAGGGGAGUCCUAAACCAUAGCUGAGCUCCUAUAAAUGCCAGUGAUUACCAGACCAGGUCCUCAAAUCAGAACCAUCAUAUUAGUGGAGAAGUACAGAGACGACCAUUAACAGGACCAUUUCAUAUCUGAACAUCAUUGACAAUGGGCAUCUUCAACAAAGUACCAUUGCAAUUUUUUGCUUCCCUUGUUCUUAUUUAUUCAGUGUUAAACCUAUGGAGAGGCACUGAAGGCUGGUCUUACCAUUACUCAACAAUCACUAUGAACUGGGAAUCUGCCAGACACUGGUGCAGGCAGCAUUACACCGACAUGGUAGCCAUCCAGAACAAAGAUGAGAUUGAUCACCUCAACAGUAUCCUUCCAAAAGUCGAUGGAUAUUACUGGAUAGGCAUUCGUAAAAUUAAUGGCAUUUGGACCUGGGUGGGAACUAAUAAGAUGCUUACCAAAGAAGCUGAGAACUGGGCAGAUAUGGAGCCUAAUAAUGGAAGGAAUAAUGAAGACUGUGUGGAAAUAUACAUUAAAAGAGUGCCAGAUGAAGGCAAAUGGAAUGAUGAAUCCUGCUUAAAGAAGAAGACUGCACUGUGCUACAUGGCAUCCUGCAAAGACGACUCCUGUGUCAGUGGUCAAGGAAAGUGUGUUGAAACCAUAAACAGCCAUAAAUGCUCAUGCUUUGGGGGUUUCUAUGGAGACCGAUGUGAACAUGUUGUAAAAUGCAAAGACAUCACUCCACCAGAUCAUGCUAGUGUUCAGUGCUCCCAUCCUCAUGAAGACUUCUCAUAUGACUCUCAGUGUGAAUAUUUCUGUGAGGAGGGUUAUGAACUAAUAGGUUCCAGAACGACAAGAUGCACUUCUACCACAGAGUGGUCAAGCAAACCACCAACCUGUGAACUUGUUCAAUGUCCAGUGUUGACCGAACCACAGGAUGGCCGAAUGCAGUGUCACCAUCCAAUGGGCAUCUUUAGCUACCAAUCCACCUGUGAGUUUUUAUGUGUAGAAGGAUACACACUGCGAGACUCCAGCUCCUCUACACUGUUCUGUGGGGCAAAAGGACGCUGGAACGAUUUGCAACCCACUUGUGAAAUUGUAAAAUGCAAACCGGAGGACGUCACCCCACCAGAUCAUGCUAUUAUCCAGUACUCCCAUCCUCAUGAAGACUUCUCAUAUGACUCUCAGUGUGAAUAUUUCUGUGAGGAGGGUUAUGAACUAAUAGGUUCCAGAACGACAAGAUGCACUUCUACCACAGAGUGGUCAAGCAAACCACCAACCUGUGAACUUAUUCACUGCCCAGCCCUUGACAGUCCUGUAAAUGGAGAGCUGAGCUGCACUUCCAGUUUUAAUUAUGGGAGCAAAUGCAGCUUCAGCUGUGUUGAAGGAUUCCGACUCCAGGGAGCUUCAGAGAUCAGCUGUACAAAAACAUCAAAGUGGAGUCAGGAACCACCUCGCUGUGAAGCAAUGGUCUGCCCACAACUUCCUGAGCCAAUCAACGGGCAUAUGAACUGCUCAUCUGAAGAACCCACUUUUGGCACCGUCUGCAUCUUCAUCUGUCAUGAAGGCCACCAACUUGAAGACCCCAGUAACGAGAUAGUGAUGUGCAACUACAAUGGGAGUUGGUCAGGGGAAUUGGCAGUGUGUCAAGCAGAUCCCUCUGCAUCACUCUUCGAAGUGACUCUUGGGGUUGCAGGCGCUAUCAGCGGCUCCAGUCUGGGCUUAGUCCUCUGGAUACUGAAGAGACUGAGGAGAAAAGCUAACAAAUUUGACCUGAUCAGUACCUCGGAUACUGAGGAUCCACCACAGAUUUAUAAGAACAGUGUUGACAGUCUCAUAUAGACCAAAAUAGCAUCAAAUAGCAUACAGCAUAUAUGGACACACAACUGCCUUGCUGGACAUAAAAAUGAAUGUCAUCACAAAUGAUCUGAGACAUUUUGGAUAUAUUUACAUUAUCAGUUACUAGGCAACAGUAACUGAAUGUGAUUUCUACUUCCCAACGGAAGCUUUAAUUAUUUACUCGACUGAACAUAUUGUUCUGUACUGUUUAAAUGUCCUAUUUUUAUGUUAUUAAUAUACACAUUUGUUGUACUAUUUAUUGUUCCAAAACCGUAUUGGUCCUAUUAAACUAUUUUAACAUGUAAACCAAUAAAGUGUGACAUUUAUGACAUCAUGACUUGGUGUUUGAAUGCAUUUUCCACUUUCAGAUGAGCA